UUUUUCCUUCCAGUUUUUGAGUAGAUUCAGCAGCGGCGGCCGCAUGCUGGAUCCGCUCCUGAGUCAGCAGGGUGAUGAGGUAGUCCAGUUUCUGGCUGAGCUCAUCGCUAGGACGGACACUCUGACUGCUCACCACGGGCUGGUAUCCAGUUGUGGCCGCUGUUGGUGGCACCGAAUGCCAUACUUGCCUCCCAGGAAGAGGCUGGGAAUGACUCGCUGGUUGCCGUGUGCGGAGUGCAUCGGCAUAACUGCUCGUUUGAGCUGGAGGAGCAGGAGCUCUUGCGCCAGAGCGCGCUCGCCGGCGGCUAGGUUGCUGCAGUGCUGGAAAUCCCUGCUGGUUCAUGACGGGUGGCUGGCGGGGACGCCGCAAACCCUGAGUGGCGGGGAAGACAAGAAGCAUCGGCCGGCAUAGCAAAAC